CCCGAACAGGAUCCAUUCUUUCCAGUCCCCGUGGGAUCUGUCGAGUCUUUGCUGUGAUUCUGCCGACAUACAGCCAUUGAUAAACGUCUAUUUCCGGCAACAUUCCGCACGACAACAGCAUCCCCGCGUCGCGAUUGAUAAAUCCUUGAGCUAUUACCGAUCAUCCUGUGAAAGUGAUGGACGCUCUCCGGACUCUGGUUACCCGCGAUGACGGUAACAACAACGAGGAGGGACUCACCCCGACUAUGGUCAACCUGUUGAUCUCUCUGCUGGUCUUGAUACUGUUCGGACUCUCGCUCGUGGGGGCCCUCUUAGUCCUCCGUCGCAAGCGCCAGAACCGCUCCCGAUCAGAGCUCCCCAUCCACAACGGACAGUGCAAGUCCAACCCCCGUUACACCAUUACGUCCAAUGGCAAGACGGAGUCGGUCUUCGUCUACGACGAGAAGCGCAAUCUUAUAGAGAACUCCUCCAGCCCUCCCAGCAGCCCCGUGCCUGAGAUCCGCAUCACGUUCCCCGAAGAGGAGGAUGAGGCCGGAAAGCGCAAGUCCGGACGGGUAGUCGUCGUUCGAAUCAGCGAGACCGGCGGCGUGGGCUUGGAACCCUGCCAUGAAGACCUCCCGCCUUAUCAGUCCAAUGACGCUGAGCGUUUCCAGUCCCUGGAUCUGGAACGCAUGGGCGGGCUGAAGGAGAAGCAAGAUGCGAAGAGAUGGUCCUAGAGAAAUCAAUCCGUGUGGUUACCCCAAUCAGAUGGAUCGUUUUCGUUUUGCAUUCCUCUUUUCCAAUUCGAUUUCCUCCGUCCUCGAUAGAAUACCACCA